AUGGCGACCAUCAGGGCCAUCGAGGCCAGCUCUGUCCACCAGAUCCAAUCCGGUCAGGUCAUUGUCGACUUGUGUUCAGUCGUAAAAGAGUUGGUUGAGAAUGGCCUCGACGCCGGCGCAACGAGCAUCGAUGUCCGGUUUAAGAACCAGGGCCUCGACUUGAUUGAAGUCCAGGAUAAUGGCACAGGCAUUUCGCCGGAGAACCACGAGUCUCUGGCUCUGAAACACUUCACGUCAAAGCUGUCGACUUACUCGGAUUUGAGCACACUAGAGACUUUUGGCUUCCGUGGCGAGGCUCUCUCUUCGCUCUGUGCCUUGUCUAAAUUCACCGUUGUCACUUGUCUUCAGUCCGAUGCGCCAAGGGGAUCCAGGCUGGAAUUUGAAACUUCGGGCAGGCUCAAGUCCACCAGCAUUGUUGCUGCCCAGAAGGGCACAACAGUCUCUGUCGAGAACCUGUUCAACACCCUGCCGGUACGGCGCAGAGAGCUGGAACGGAAUAUCAAGCGAGAAUGGGGCAAGGUCAUCAAUCUGCUCAACCAGUACGCCUGUAUCCAAACCGGGGUCAAAUUCACAGUCUCUCAACAGCCUAACAAGGGAAAACGGGUCGUCCUCUUCUCUACAAAGGCAAACAAGACCACCAGAGAAAACAUAAUCAACAUCUUUGGGGCCAAGACCAUGGCUGCUUUGGUUGUCCUGGACCUGAAACUCGACUUGCAGCCCACGAGCGGCCUGAGCCAGAAGUGGAGUGCGCCAAAGGAUGGCGACCAUCACGAGGUCCUUGUCCGAGGCCAUGUGUCACGGCCGCUCCACGGCGAAGGAAGGCAAACUCCGGACCGACAGAUGUUUUAUGUCAACAGUCGACCUUGCGGGCUACCACAGUUCGCCAAAGUCUUCAACGAAGUGUACAGGUCGUAUAACUCGACUCAGUCGCCCUUCAUCUUCGCCGACAUACAGUUGGACACACACCUCUACGAUGUCAAUGUCAGCCCCGACAAGAGGACUAUCCUCUUACAUGACCAGGGUCGAAUGCUCGACCACCUUAGAGAGUCGCUGAUUGAGCUCUUUGAGAAGCAGGAGUACAAAAUGCCGGUGUCACAGGUUGCGACGUCUAAAAUCCCGCCCUUCAAAAAGUUGACAGUGCCUCGCCAUGAUACGAAUAGCCCCGAACGAGACUUGGCCGAUAGAUGUGACACGGCGGGCGAUGUGGGCGGAUCUCCUCUUACUCGGCAGGAGGAGGAGGUCUCCAGGAUAUCAGACGAGGAACAGGACAUCUCGGGAGCCCGUCGGAUGAAGAAUCUGGCUUCAGCUAAAGCUCUCUCGAGAGACGCACAAACAAACCCCAUGACACGGUGGCUGGACAGGAAGCUGGCUUCACAGGAGGAAGCCAGGUCAGGACCAGCCCCGGCCGCAAAGGUUAAACCGAGUGAGACAGUCCUCGAGCGAGCAAGCAAUGCGGAUUCAGGAGACGGGUCAAGUGACGCCCCGGAGACUUCAGACAAGCCUGCCGAAGUGAUACAACUGGAGCCGACAGACGAGCAAGUCCGUUCCGCCGAUAUUGAUGAAGGCGAGAAUGAGACGUUCCUGAGCCGAUUGGCCCGUAUGAAGCGUUCUUUCCUCCCGGAGUCUCUACGAGACGAACCACCCUAUGACCAGGCCCCCGACGAGCCACUUAUUGCAGCCAUUGCGAAGCCAAACAAGCCCGCAGACAAUGCGCCGCUCGAUGUGUCCGCCUCGAGGCCGCCGAAGCGACCGUCACAGGAGGUCGCGACAAUCACAGUCGGCGAACAGUCGGUCACAAGCGUCAUCGGAUCUUCUGCCAAAAAGCCAAGGUUAGAUGAAGGAGCGGCACAACACGAUGUCCAAUCCACGGCUCUGAAGGCCCCUCAAGCAGCGGCACCCUUGCCUUCCUUCGGCGGACGCCUGACACAGAUGUUUUCUGCCGCUUCUGCUUCACAGAAUCUAUCUAAGGGCAGACAAAGCCUACACCCCGAGGAAUCGAAUACCUCAGAGGUCGACGAGCUCGACGAGGUCGAUGAGGUAGGCGAGGACGAGGGUGAAGGCGAGAGCGAAGACAAUAGUGCUUCUGAAGUAGAAACUGUAUCUGAUCGGGGAACUGGUGAAGACGAUGACAGCGCGGUCUCAGCGUCCUCUGCAUUGUUCGUGGAUCAGGACGAGGAUGGUGAUGAGUCUUUGGCAUCGCCUGCUCACGAAGCAGAUGAAGAAGCGCGUGAUGAACAUGACGGAGAGUACCUCGAAGAGGACGAGGUCAAAGAAAACCAGAAGAGGACUCAGGCAUUUCUCAAAGGGGGUGGGAAGAACAAACAUUCCACGCAAGCGCUCCUUCAACGGCUCCAUGUCGACGUGGACUGUCUUCAAAGGCGUCUGGACUCACGGGAAUAUCCGAUGCGUGACUUCGCGUCCGCAAGCAAAGCUGAAACCUCCGAGGAUGUGGAAUCUGGCCUUGAAGCCCGGACGCAGGUGGCAGAAGACAAGCUCUCACUCGCCAUCCACAAAGGGGACUUCGCCAAGAUGAAGAUUGUGGGACAGUUCAACCUGGGCUUCAUCCUGGCGGUGCGACCCGGCACGUCUUCGGCGACACCUAGCACAAGCACAGGGGCCGCCCGACCGAAUAUUCAAGGGGACGACGACGAGCUGUUCAUCAUUGACCAGCACGCAUCGGACGAGAAGUUCAACUUUGAGCGCCUACAAACCACGACGACCGUCCAGUCGCAGCGGCUUGUGCGGCCCAAGCCCCUCGAGCUCACGGCCGUCGAGGAAGAGAUCGUCCUCGAGAACCGCGCGGCGCUGGAGGCGAACGGAUUCCAGGUCGAGACUGACACAUCGGGCGACGAGCCCGUCGGGUCGCGGUGCCAGCUCCUCAGCCUUCCGCUCAGCAGGGAGACGACUUUCUCCCUGGCCGACCUCGAGGAGCUGAUCUCCCUGCUCGGGGAGAGCCCGGCGACCACGUCGUCGCCUCCUCCUCCUCCUGCGGAUCACGACAACGGUGAGGGUGACACGUCUACUGGAGAUGCGGACCACCGCGUCAGCCCAACCGCACCGAGGAGAUACAUCCCCCGGCCAUCCAAGGUGAGGAAGAUGUUCGCGAUGCGCGCGUGCCGAAGUAGCAUCAUGAUCGGCAAGGCGCUGUCGCACCGCCAGAUGGAGAAGGUCGUUCGGCACAUGGGAGAGAUGGAGAAGCCCUGGAACUGUCCGCACGGGCGGCCUACGAUGCGGCAUCUGUGUGCCCUGGGGGCGGCAUGGGAUCAGAGAGGAUGGGCUGAGGGCGACCAUGGCGAUGGCGCCGGGGGCCGGAGCACUGAUUGGGCUGGCUAUGUGAGCAGACUGAGGGGGCAGUGA